UAAAUUGUUAUUUUAGAUAUUAUUUUCUGUAAAUAUAAUGUAUAUUUAUUUAUGUAUGCACAUGCAACCAUGAAUUCGUUUAGUCAAAAAUAUGAGCCAUAAAUUGCGCAAACACACACAGACACAUAUAAUAUAUAUUUAUAUACGUAGGCUCCAAAUUCACAGAACAUCAGACACACACACACACACACAAUGGAUUGGUUCUCAUGGCUGUCUAAAACCGAUCUUGACCCGACCCUAAGCUACGAGUACGGACUCAUCUUCGCCCAAAAGAAGCUCCAGCGUGAAGACAUCGCUCUCUUCAACCACAACUAUCUCCGCCGACUUGGCAUUAAUGUAGCCAAACACCGCCUAGAGAUUCUGAAACUCUCAAAAAAAGAGACACAAGAACUCGGUUCCAAUCACCAUCGUCCCGCCUCGGCCAAACUCAUAUCUCUCGUCAUCAAGGCGACCAAAAGCAUCGGCGAUCGCUUAAACAAGUGGCUUUUUCUCGAAGGAACCGCCGUGGUUAAACCGUUGAAAGAGAAGCAGUCCUCACCGCCAGCCUACCGCACCGGAGCGUUUGUGACUGGUAACAGCAAUAAAGUCAAUGCUGAAAAAGCUGAGGUACACAUGGAGAGAUUACCUGUGAUCAAAAGGAAAAGGAUCGCAAAAUCUGGACCGUUAGAUCUGAAACAUGGAAUGCAAGAGAAAACGACGUUAGUAAGCAACCGAAGCAUGAACCUAUCAGGACCGUUGGACCGAAGCGUCCAAGAAAGACUCAUAUUAGCUUAUAGAAGCCCUGUUGUGGCAGGACAGUUGGAUGGAAACUUAAGCGAACGGCUAAGAUUAUCAGGGCCGUUGAAGGGAAGACCACCUAGCCCAAGUGUGUAUGUGGAGUACAAUAAAAGAUACGAUGAUACACAAUGAGAUGCUAUGUUUCAUAACUUGAAGCCAACGUAGAUCCCAGAGUAUAAAAUUAUGUUUUUGUUUCAUUUUGGAAAACGGAUGUAGCUACUUAUAUGUAACUAGGGAGGAAAAUCGGUAAUUUCAUACCUCAGCUAGAGAGGUAUGUUUGAUUCCUACACCAUGUUUAAUA